AUGUCGACCCCUUCCCAGAGAAAACGGCCGAUGCCCAUUCUCCGAGUUCGCACGGGGUGCCUGACGUGCCGACGGCGCAAGAAGAAGUGCGAUGAACGAAAGCCGAUGUGUCGGGGUUGUGAGAGGAAUAGACUGGAAUGCUCCUGGCCGCAUCCGGAUGAUAUCACGGCGCCGAGGCGCGCUGCUGGUCGACGGGGAUCGACAACGAAGCCGGCUGCUAGUGUUCCAAAUGCAUCGGAAACGCGAAUGACGGAAAAGAACCCCGCCGACCAGUUGAUCGAACUUCUCGAUGAUGCAAUUCACGUAUCGCCUAAUACUCCCUCUGCGUCCGAAUCACCAGGCUCUGCUCAUUCUCCUGGGGGAAGCACCAGCUCCUCAUCAACAGGCCAUGAUAUCCUGGCCAUUAUCGAUCCUGGUCCGUCUCCGUUGCCCCCUGGCUCGGCGGUACACGACCCCACCAUAAUCGACCCGUCGUAUAUUCUUCCCUCACUCGAUCUCCUCGACUGUUCCUUCGACAAUGGACAGCCGGCAACAUCCUCCCCCCUAAAUGAGUUCGGCACCCUUGUGAAUUCGAAUACACAUAUGCCCAUCAGCAACGAGGAACUAGACGUGGAAGUUAUCCCUAGGAGCCUGAGCCUUCUACCCGGUUUGGCGUCCGGCUCGCUCGACCUGCUCAGCCAUUACCUAGCAGUAACGACAAAAUGUAUGGACAACGGGUCGGGGGUAGACGAACCAUUUGUGGUCCAGUUCAUACCUCUUGCAUUUGGAAGCGAUCUCGUCCUGCACCUGAUCCUGACCCAAAGUGCUGUCCAUCGCGCCGUCGCGAAGAAGAUUCUAGAUGCAGACCCCUUGGCCUCUGGACAUUACAGCCAAUCCAUCACGUUAUUCCAGCAAGGCAUGUCUACCUAUGAUGUGGGUACUCAAGACGCUCUGCCGCUAGCUGUUGGCGCGCUGAUUAUGUGUUUUGUCGAGACGGUGAAAGGGGAUAACGACGGAUCGAUUUUUAACCAUUUGAUGGCCGCGCGCUGGCUGCUCAAGGCAGUACUGUCGAGCCAGCACUCCAAACUGUCCAAAAGCCUCCGCGACUUCCUCAUCGAGUAUUAUAUUUAUACAGCUGCGGUGAGCAUAAUAUCGAUCGACUGCCGUGUCGGGCCUCAGCUCCUCCUUGCUGAGGAUUUCGAGGAACACUCAAGCACAUUAGAAUCGAGUACAUAUAUCGGUUGUUUAUGCGGCUGUUGGCUGGAGCUACUCCUGCUGAUACCAUCUGUAUUCAACAUCGGGCGAAGGUUCCUUUCCGAGGAAGGGGCGCGUCGUCCACUUGGUGUAGACGACUUGAUGAACUUCGCGAGUGUCCAAGGCAAGAUUCAAUCAUGGGCACCUCGCGCGACGGUACGCCUCGAAACUGCGCUAGCGGGGCGAAUUUUCCAACAGGCAAUGCUUGUUUAUCUCUAUACGACCUUAAGCCCCCUAUCCGCCUCGGAGUCGGUGUCUUCUCACUCUUCCGCCGUCAAAGGCGCCGUCGUCAAGGGACUCGAAUACCUCUCCGAGCUUCCAUCCACAGCCCGCGUCAAUACGAGCUUGUGCUGGCCCAUAGCCGUUAUUGGCUCUUGUGUUGAGAGUUUGGAGCAACGCCAAUACCUCCAAAAUCGAUUGGAAGUUAUGUUUUCAGUUCUGGGUGUCGGUAAUAUCCGCCAGACUGCCCUUUUGUUAGAGAAAUUGUGGGCUACUCCAAAUCCUAGUCCUUGGUCUAUUUGUCAGUUGAUGCAGGAGCAUCGGAUCUGGACAUCAUUUGCCUAA